AUGAAGUGUUUUUGGCUUUUACUCCUAGUAAUUGCUAUCGGCAUCGAUGCCAAAGGUCUCUUCAAAUAUAAGUCUGAUACUUUGAACACUUUCAAUGGUGCGAGGCGAUUGUUGGCAUCCGGAUCUUUGAAGACCCUCAUUGAUGUAAUAAACGGAAUCGGGAAAAAGCUUAUUGAUAUAACUGGAGUUAAUGUCAAUCUCAAAGUUCCCGAAUUUGGUCCUGCUGCUAAUAUGCAUAAAUUGAGAUGGAGUCCAAAACUCGAACAUGUGGCAUAUGAAUACGGGAAGGGUAGACAUUUGCUAGAUAUCGAACCGUUCAACUCGGUCUCUCACAAAGGAUUCGCCGGAUUUCAAUGGAAAGGCCUCUUAAUGGAAUUGAUCAAAACUAUUGUCAAAGGCAUUCCUGUCCAAGCGGUUGAACUCAUAUUGAAGCCUGUUCUCAAUAUCCUCGACAAAUUUCUCACUGCUCUACUUCUGAUGGUCAACUAUCCUGGUGAACAGCCACUAAAUCCUAUCGGAGUAAAUUUGGGUGCCACCGAAGUACUCUUCGCUCACAGAUAUGAAAUCGGAUGCUACGCAAAACUUACUUAUGCUGUAUGCUUCAUGGAACCGUAA